AUGAAUGAAGAUGAAACAUUGGUGUUCGAUCCUUCUGCAUACCAUAUGUUGCACGAUAUUGAUUUUGGUACGUUUGUAUGUCUAAUAAAUUGAUUAAAAUAUCUAAUCUAAAUUCUCAUUCACAUUUAGGUUUACCGUGUUUGAGUUUUGAUAUAAUCGCUGAUGAUUUGGGUUGUAACCGUAGUGAAUUUCCGCAUUCAAUGUAUUUGGUAGCUGGAAGUCAAGCAGAAAAACCCAAAGAUAAUUGUGUUAUUGUUAUGAAGGUACAAAGUAUAUUAAAUUUAGGUAUUUAGCAUAUUACGUUGUAUAACUACCUAUUUUAUUAGAAAUUUCAAUUUAUUUUAGUUAUCGAAUUUAAAUGCCAUAAUAAAUGAAGAGAGUUCAUCAUCAAACAAUUCAGAUGUUGAAUUUGACAGUAGUGAUGAAUAA